AUGGCGGACCACACAGAGGAGCACCAGUGCAGCCCCGACCGCGUCACUGGACAGAAUCUGUCUCAGGUUCUCGUCCAUGCCGAUCCGGGCGUCUGUGGCUUCAGCUGGCCGCUGACAAAGUCAUUGCCGGAUUUCUCAGACUGCUGCACCAAUAGCAUCAAGACUUCGGAAGGUUGCUUCCGGUACUGUGAACCUGCCGACGUCCAAGGAUUCCACGGCUGUGUCGCUCAGACCUUCCACAAGUCGAACACUACCAUCACUUACAUCCCUUACACCGUGUGCACGGAGACAACGAACUAUGUCGGGAUGAACGCCUCGACAAACGCAACGGGGAGCGAAUCGGGGAGUGCCAUGCUUUCGUCGGACGGAGGGUUGAUGGGGAUAUUUGGGCUGUGCGCUAUCGCUCUGUUGGUGUUUCGCUAG